GACAGUAUGAUUUUUAGCCCUCUACUCGUCAUUCUAUAUUCUACAAAUUCCUUACAUUUUCUUGAAUUUCUACACGUUAUGGACGUUCCCUGAGUGAAGCAAUGGUAAAACAUGGCAUUUUAUGUCAUACAACAGAUAAUUAAACGGUGCGAUGAUGCAAAACACACACACACACACACACACACACGUACAUGUAAACUGGGUGAAUAUCACGUGCCCAUCGGAUAAGGGCAAUUAAAACAUUGACAAAGUAGACUGUAAUUGUUGUAUUUAUUUGGCUACAUUUGGACCCUUUACCUAACCCAUAAAACCAGCUGAUAAAAAUGUGUAAUAUAAUGUUUCUCAUGUUGUAGGCUAUACACAAUUGAUGCAUUAUCCUAUAAUUAGGCUUAUGUGUUUAACAAGGUAAAUUACUGUGAACUUCAUUUGCCUCAUUUCAGAAGAUGUAGAUUUACUGGCCAACCUUUUAAAGAAGUUAAUAGCCUAAAAUAAUGAAUCAAAAUACAACAAAUACAAUAUUUUGAAGCCUAAAAUAAUGGAUUGCGUAGGCCUGUUUGUUUAUGGUGCUAUUCCCCUGUGCUCUUAGUCUCCCCAUUGCAGCUGGGUAUUUUCUUGCUCUAGGUAUUUGGGAAUGAAUAACCAACGUUUUGAUUAUUUAUUUUAAACGUAACACGCAUUUGUACCAUUACACUUUGUUUGCAUAUAAACUAAACUUUUGGGCUGCUCCUUCGUUUUGUGUUGCACUUCGGUAUUCCCAUCAGCUGCUACAGGCUAUUCAGAAGUUGCGGCUGGUGUUGCCUGCGUUUCUCCGGCCCAUUGUGAGAGCAGCCCCCUUGGUCCCUCUCUUCUCUUUCCCCUGAGUUUAGCCCAGCCGGCCGGACGAGUGCAGAUGACUCACCAAGAAGGGUCCCAGAGCGGAGGCUACAGCAGCGUGCUACAUGGAGGCUCUAUAUAAUACCGGGGGAAUACCGCGGCCCAACCGGUAGACGAGCCUCGUGCCUUUCCCGGGGCGCACAUUCAUCACUCGUGCGGAUAGAUAUGUUUGCUGUAAUGUGCACGCGUGCUUUUGGCGAGGACAUGGCUGAGCGCGAGGUUUGAUGGAGGAGAUUGGCGGAUUACAGCGAGUGGAAGCGUGCUAUGGCAUCGUGCAGGUGCCCACUGGACCCUGGUUCUGCAGGAAGUGUGAAUCUCAGGAGAGAGCAGCCAGAGUGAGGUGUGAGCUGUGCCCCCACAAAGAUGGUGCCCUCAAGAGGACAGAUAACGGAGGUUGGGCCCAUGUGGUGUGUGCCCUUUACAUUCCUGAAGUGGAGUUUGCUAACGUCUCCACCAUGGAACCCAUCGUACUGCAGUCUGUCCCCCACGAUCGCUACAACAAGACGUGUUAUAUCUGUGAAGACCAGGGCAGAGAGAGUAAAGCUGCCACCGGAGCCUGCAUGACCUGCAACAAACAUGGCUGCCGACAAGCCUUCCACGUCACAUGUGCCCAGUUCGCUGGGUUGUUGUGUGAGGAGCAGGGGUCGGACGCAGACAAUGUCAAAUACUGCGGCUACUGCAAGUACCAUUACAGCAAACUGAAACACAAAGAGAGGGAGAGACACAAACCCAAACACAAGAAGAUUCUAGAGCUUUCCCCCACCCUCGCUCCAACUCUCAUGGUCACCUCAGACAAGAGCUACAGCAGCGGUGGUGGAGGAGGAGUCUCCUCUUUGCCCACCUCAUCUCAGAAGCGAUUGGAUGACAGUGCCGCCCGUUUCACCACCGCCAACUUCCAGGAAGUGCCUGUGCACUCCGGGAGUGCUAAGGACGCCCCCUCCAUGGGGUCAGAGAGCAAACAAGGGUCGGAGGUCAAACAGGGCAAAAAGAGCAUUUGCCAUGGGAUUGGUGUUCAGCGGGGACGCAAAUCCCUCACACCUGGGAAGCCCCUCGCCUCUGCUGUGGUCACUAUGGCAACCUCCUCCACUGCCGCCUCCUCCACUGGAACCUUUCAUCAAGCCCUCCUGCUGUCAAAUAAGACGUCCUCCACCGUGACUCCUCCCACCUCUGACUUCCUGGGCUUCUCUGAUCCGUUGCUGCGCUCUGGAGGUGGGGACUCCUUCUCCCCGCCCUCGUUCAGCCGCUGCCUAGUGAAGCCCAGUGAGCUCACGUCCUUGGAGGGCAUGGCGUCGCUCAGCACCUUCGGUUCGAUGAUGUCGCUUCCUGCCAGCGGUGGCGUAGCCGGCGGUAAACUGUACGAGAACUCUCUCAGUGAGCCAACGGGGAACGUUGCUGCCUCGGCCGGCUACAAACGCUCCUCAUCAUCCUCCUCUUCCUCUGCUGCCUCCUCCUCCUCUGGGCCAGGGAUGGGGGGAGAAGUAGGAGAAGAAGGAGUGAAGGGAAAGAAGAAGAGAGGAAACUGGAGGAACCGAUAUGGACCCUGCUUCAAUGCUCCUGACGGCAUGGCCACAGACAGACCUGAGCACCACACAGCACCGCUACCUCUCCCUUCAUCAUCCUCUUCUCUCUCCUCCACCUCAUCCUCCUCUCCUUCCCCCUCCUCUACCAGCGCUCUGCCAGGCCGGCCCGGUGAAGGAGAGAGGGGAGGAGAGAGAGGUGGUCUGCUGUGUAUUUGUGUCAGCAGUGGGAUCCAGAAGUCUCCUUCCUUACUGAGGAACGGCAGUGUGCAGAUUGAUGGAUUCACCUCUACUCCCUCUGGGACCGGUGCAUUCUCCAGUGGUGACGUGUCAUCAGGGGCGGGACCUGUUGCUAUGGGUGGCGCUAACUCUGAGUUGCAGCAGCCGACACCCUCACUAGCCCCUCCCACUCCCCUCACUGCCACAGCCCCCGUGACCAGCACAGCCUCCUCCCAUGUGAGUGGGUUACCAGGUCUAGUGUUCAACAUGGCUCCCUCCCACAUGUUUGGAAACCGACUCAACCCCAACUCUGCCAUGGCUGCUCUCAUCGCACAGUCUGAGGCUUCCCCCACAGAUCAGGAUGUUGGAGAUGGAAACAGUGUUGGAGCUCAGGGCUUCCCCAGACGAGCCUCUCCCAAGACCACCCUCUCUCCACAUUCUCCUCUAGGUGGGCUACAGAUCCGGUAUGACCCAGGGUCAGCGUCAGGAUUAGGGGGGUUAGGUUCAGGUCAGGGAGGCGGAGGGGACACCUCUAUAGAACAGCUGCUGGAGAGACAGUGGAGUGAUGGACAACAGCUCCUACUGCAGCAGGGAGCACAGGGAGAUGUAGUGUUGGGGAUGUUGAAGUCCCUCCACCAGCUGCAGCAGGAGAACAGGCGUCUAGAGGACCAGAUUAAAACUCUGACCAUGAAGAAAGAACGACUGCAGCUCCUGUCAGCUCAGCUGUCUGUGCCUUUCACCCCUUCUGCUGCUGCCCAAGAUGUGAAGGGUGACUCCUCUCUACCUGCUCAGGAUAGCGUGUCGUGUGGCCGCAGUAGUGGUGGCUCUACCUCUUCUCUCUCCACCCCCCCCUCCAUCUCCCACAGCCCCCCCCAGCCGCCUCAGCUCAACGGGGUUGCCAUGGAAACAAUGCUGCUGGGAGGGGGAGCUGGGCUAGGGAUGGGGGGGAUAGUGGGGGUUCUGAACAGAGUCAUACAGACCACUUCCAGCCCUCACACAUACAGCUACACACAUACCUCCUCACCGGGCCCCAGCACCGCUCUGCCCAUCUCCAGCUCCAUCAACACCAGGUUGGGUGCCUUGUCUGAGCAGCAGAGGCUCUUACUGCACCAGAACCAACUACAACAGCUACUGUCUUCACAGCCCUCUGCGGACCAGCAGCAGGUGUUAUUUUACCAGUUGAUGCAGCAACAACAAGACCUCCACCAACUCCAGUCUUUCUCUUCCUCCCAGCUUCCCUCCAUCCCUCUCUCCUCUGCUCAGCUGCCCAUCACCUCCCUUCUUUCCUCCUCCAACGCCCACGGCACCAUCACCGCCAACCCCUUCCUGGCUCUGCACACACACCCCGACACACACACACACGCCGCUGCACAGAAGCCCCGGCUGGCUGAGAAAGCUGUUGGAGUCACUGGACAGGAGAAGACCUGACCCACAAAACAUAUCUCUCUCUUCUCUGUAUCCAUCUCUCUCUCUUUCUGUUGGUGAUUCUCUCUACUCUAUCCAUCCAUCUUUCUCUCUCAGGGGUCUCCACCAUCAUGUGAUCAGUCUGUGUGUUUAACCACACAAGCUCGCCCACAGAACUACAAACUCCAAAAAACGAUCAGGACACUAACAUAGCUGACUGACUCACAGCUCAGCUGGAGAUAUGAGGUCUGGGAAGUAUGACUCUCAUUGGACAGUUUUAAGAGAGGGAGGAGUUUGUAACUGCUGUUACCUCUCUAUAUCUGUGUGUAUGGACCAGCAUAAGACCUGACCAGAGACCACUCUAAUGUAAGACUGACUGACUGCUCAGCCAUGGAAGCCUUGCUAUGACUGUCUUUCUGCUUGUACCUACCUCACACACACAAACCAGCCGAUUAGUGCCCACAACUCUCAGCAUCGGCCAAUAGGAAUCCACAACAUUCAUGACUGGCCAGUCAGGGUCCAAUCCCCAAGUGCCUAAAGCCGAGGGGGCGGGGUUACUCAUACUCCUCUUCCUGUCUCUCCUGUCAGACAUCCAUUCUCACCAUAUUACUGGCUGUCAAGCUGCGUUGCCCAGGCAACAGGUCACACAACACAUUCUGAGAAGCUGGAAACUGUAUUGUGCUGCUUUCACAAACUACAGAAACAAACUUUAUAAAUGGUCUCUUUAUAUUUAAGUGCCCGCUGUUCUUUCAAGCGUUUGUUUUAUACUAAUGUUUUAAGUUUUUCUCACUCUUGCUGUAAACAUUUUUGAUGGAAACAAAUAUUUGUUGUGUACUCAGAAAGAUUGAAGUAGUGGUGGUGGUGUAUAUAGCUGCUAUUGUGGGGAGGGGUGUGGAUUCAAUGGCACAGUUUUUACCUCGUUUGUGUAAAUAAAUAUAUAUUUUUCAUUGGCUGUGGGAUGUAAAUAAGUGAUUGUGAUUGGCCCUGCUGGUGUGAAGGAUAGCCAAUGAAACCUCAUUUUGUGUGACUCUUAUGAGCAGACAAUAGGAGACGGGGACUGAACACAAAGUAUUAAUUUAUUUUUAUAUGUGCAGCGACAUUGUUUCGUUGUUUUUGUAAGUUUCACACCAUUUAUUUUAUUUUAUACUCGGCACCAUGUUUCCAUCUGUGUUUCUUUAGUUUGGAUCAGUUUUGUACAACUGAAAAAUCAUAAAACAUCCUCAAAUGUUUCUAUUUCAAGUCACCGAAGUAAAGAAGCGUUCUGGAUAAAGAAAGAGACUGACUGGGUGAAAAGACGAGGAGGAGGACAUACAGGAAGCCUGUGUCGGGAUGUCGUCAUGGUUUGUAGCUAGUGAGAACAUCGUUAAAGCUUGAUUUAACAGCUCUGUUCAAGUGCUUUUUGUAAAAUGCAUUUUAAUGCUUUGGUUGAAUAAAGAACAGAUCUACCUCCCUAAA